AUGCGCCGCGUCGGCACCGGCCUCGGGCUGAGCAUCGCCGGCGGGCGGAACAGCUCGCCCUACAAGGGCGACGACGAGGGCAUCUUUGUGUCGCGCAUCACAGAGCACGGGCCGGCGGAGGCGGCAGGGCUGCGCGUCGGCGACAAGAUCCUCUCCGUGAACGGGCACGACUUCUCCGUCAUUGAGCACUACGAGGCGGUGGAGCGGCUGAAGACGGCGGGGCUGGACUUUGCCAUCACCGUGGAGCGGGAGCAGGGGACGACGAUGACGACGCCUGAGGUGGUGAACACCAGCAGCUCAGCAGUGGGCCGAAUUCCUCCGCUGCCGCCGCCUGAACCUACGCCCACCGCGGCCACCUCUUCCUCAGUGCCGCUCACCCCGCUCAUUGGCGCCCAGCUCACCAAGCAGAUUGUCCACACGACGCUGAUGCGCGUCGAGACCGGCCUCGGUUUUAGCAUCGCCGGCGGCCGGGGGGCGCCGCCCUACAAGGCCGGAGGUGAUGAUGCUGACGACGGCGGUGGUGGCGUCUACGUGUCGACCAUCUUUGAAGGCGGGGCGGCGGAGGGCAAGCUCAUCGUCGGUGAUAAGCUACUGUCCAUCAACGGGACGGACGUGCAGGGCCUGGAGCACGACGCUGUGAUUGCCAAGCUGACGGGGCUGGACCGCUUUGUGCGGCUGGUCGUGGAGCGGGAGGGCGUCACCGAGAAUGGCGGCGGCCCGGGAGGCGUCGGCUACUCGGCCAACUCUGCCUUCAACAGCAACACCAUGCCUAUCAUCACCUCCUCUGCCAAUAACAGUGGCUCUCUCAUCAGCAGCAGCAAUAACUCCAACUCGCUCAUCACGCCCCUCUCCAACGCCGCCUCCAUUGUCAAUAGCAGCUCGUCGCCGCAGCUGUCUGCGAGAAACAGUGCCGCCCUUCUCAAUCAUAAUCCUCAUUCGGCAGUCGCUUUGAAGAAUGGCGAGGGCGCCCUGGAGGCGCAGUUCCCCGCAGCACCGACCGCCGUGGGCCAGUUUACCGAGGUUCUCACAAAGACCACCUUUACGGAGAAUACGGUCACAAGGGUGACCAAUAAUAUGCUGUCGUUGCCGCUCAUCGAGGAGACGCUGACGCUGCACAAGUCGGAGGGGCCGCUGGGGCUGAGCAUCAUUGGCGGAUCAGACCACUCCUGUCACCCGUUUGGCGGCGGCGAGCCGGGCAUCUUCGUCUCGAAGGUGGUGCCCGAGGGGCUGGCCGCCCGAACACGGAAGAUUCGCAUCGGCGACCGCAUCCUCGCCGUCAACGGCGUCAACAUCAGCCGAGCCACUCAUCAGGAGGCGGUGGAUGCGCUGGUGAGGGCCACCAAGGAGGUGGUGCUCACGGUGAAGCACGAACAGCUGCCCAGUGGAUGGAAGGAGCUGAUCAUCAACAAGCUGCCCACGGAGAAGCUGGGCAUGAACAUCAAGGGCGGCAGCGGGGGCCAGCCGGGCAAUCCCUUUGACCGCGAAGACGAGGGCAUCUUCAUCUCGAAGAUCAACCCCAGCGGGGCGGCGGCCAGGGAUGGCCGCCUGCAGCCGGGCAUGCGCAUCAUCGAGGUGAACGACGUCAGCCUGCUGGGGGCGUCGCACGGGGAGGCGGUCAGCUCGCUGAGGAACACGGGCAAUCGAAUUGUGUUGCUCGUCUGUGAUGGCUACGACCCGGCGGAGGCGGCGGCCAUAAAGGAAGCACCGCCGGUGGUGUCGAACUCUACGUCGUCGUACACCAACUCCUCCGCCUCCUCACCGCCCAACCAGCAGGAAGUGCCCUUGAACUCCAGUUCGGAUCAUUACCACCACCACCACCACAAUUUUCAGGAUGUGGAUGAUGACGAUGGGACCACCACCACCACCACCACCAACUUCAGCAAAACGAAUGAAUCUCUCCAGCAGCAGCUUUCAGGCAGCGGCAGCAACAGCAGCAAUAAGACUGAGCAGAAGACGACCACGGUGAUCAUGAAGAAGCACCAGACGUCGUCGUCCUCUAUGACCAGCAAUGGCAGCACUCCACCGGCACCAUCCACGGCAUCACCGGUUCCAAGCAAUCCCUACACGCCGCCCAUUCCACGCGGGAAGCUCGUCAUUUCACCCUCAUCUGAUCACCACCACCACGUGCUGUCACCACCGCAAACUCCCGAGCAGGCCAAGGGUGGAAGGCCGCUGGCAAACUUCUCCUCCUCCUCACCCUCUUCAGACAGCCCCGCCCUGGACCCGUACGUGGCGGCAAAGAUGCCCGGCGGCAAGCCACCGCUUCCCCGGAAGCCCGACAUUGCCCCCAAGCCCAGCUCCCUCCAGCCGCUGACGCCCACCACCAAGUUGGAGCACCCAGAGUGGAUGAGCUUCAGCGAGAAGAAGCGCCAUUUUGAGAUUGGCAAGAAAAAGGGGCAGCAACUUCAGCAGCAGCAGACGUCGACGCUCACCACUUCGACCUCUUCCUCCUCCUCAGAGCAGCAGCAGACCACAAAGUCCUCAUCUGAAACCUCUUCUUCAUCUGAGCAGCGAAACUUCAGCUACCUAAGUCAAAGCGAGCUGGAGAAGCUGCGCGAAGAGGAGGUGAAGAAGCUGUCCACCUACUCCGAACAGCAGCUGCGCUCCAUCAUGAGCGCCGAUGAGGAGGACAGCGAGGGCGAGGAGGAGGGGGAGUUUGAGAGGACGCUCGAAAAUGGAAAUAACACCACCACCACUUCCAUUACCUCCUCUUCAUCCACAACCAUCGAAGAGGAGAAAAAAGUCGUGGAUGAGAACGGCGGCUCGCGGCGAACCGUCUUCCGGACGGCCAAGGCGGAACGCCUCUACCACGCGAAGAUGGGCCUCGACGUGGACAGCGCCGAGUACCUGCAGAUGACGCCCG